AUGGCUCCCCUUGCAAAAGCUACGGGGAAACCCCUUGUACAGGGACCCAAGGUUAACAAGGGAGCUAAUCCCAACGGCCCCAUGUCCAAAAAGAACAGGUGGAAAACGGUGAAAGAGUUGAAGAAUGAGAAGGAGACCAAAUCCCAAGGCCCACAUGAGGUGAAGAAAGUUAUUCCUCCGAGGACGAAACUCCCUAUGGUCGACCCUUCGGUACCGGGGGCGACGAGAAAGACCAUAGUGCCUAUGGAUCGCCCGGCUGUUUCGGGGACAGAGUCCAAAGAUAGUAUGAAGAAAGCAGUGGGACAGUUAAAGAAUAAGAAGAAGAAGAAGAAGAAGAAGAAGACCAAGCAGCCGCAAGGCAUACAAGAGGCGAAGGAGGUGAUUCCUACGAAGACGACGAGAAAGACUUUAGUGCCUAUGGUUCACCCGUCUGUCUCGGGGACGACGAAAUCGGGGAAGACGGAAAAGAUCACAGAGCCUAUCGCUCACCCAGCUGUGUCAGAGACAGUUAAACGCACACAACCCGGAAAGGAUACCACUCCGCCGAUCACUCUAUGGACUGAAUUGUUCAAGAGUAGCCGCGCUCCAAAGACGGUAGUUUUCCAUCCAGAGGGGGGAUUUUGUUACCCUCCUUUGAAAGGAGAGUACCCAGACGGAAAAGAGGUUGUGGAAGGGAAGUUGUCGAAUUGA